UUCCGGCAAUCACCUGCCGAAGUGCCCGCCUAAGAGGUUAGACCGUAGAACUGUCCGACUCCUCGCUCCCCGAAAGAGGGUGGGUUGGACUGAUAGGUUCCGCUUUGCUAGAUCUGGAAACUUGCGAGCCUCCGGAAUCCUAGGUUCGUAUCGUUCUCGGACAGAGUUUUGUCUGACCAGUACUUCCAAAUUCCAAAAGGAAAGAAAGAAAGAAUCUCGAUGGAACCGGACAAAAAAAAAAAAAACGCUCCCUUCCGGCGAAGGGGUGGUGGCGGGAGCUCUCUGAUCCAGGAUGAAGGAGGCGGAGGAGGUGCUUUUGGGGAAGACACUGGCGCUCCCCCCCGAGCCGCGCCUGGGCCAGGACUCAGGAUGGAGCCCUUCUGCAGAAGGCUUUGCUCAGGGCCUCAAAGACUUCCUGCCUGGUACGAACCCUGCCAUACUUGCUCUAAAGAGUCUCCCCCAGGGCUUGGCCGUGGGCCCCUCCCGCGCCAGGAAACAGCACUUGGGGGUCUGGUGUGUCGGAGAGCCCCUUCAGCUCGGACUGCAUUGGGGACCUCUGGAAGUGGACUCCGGCUUGGAGGAGAAGGGCACGGGAGUGAAGCCACCGCACGAGAGGAGAUCGUGUGGAAGACUGGGAGACACGAUGCAAGUAAAGGGUGCACAGUACGAAUUGUUUAAAGUGAUUGCUGCUUUCCGCUGGGCGUGGUGGGACCCGUUACUAGGCUGGUCAGGAGCCAUAUGCACCUGGAAGCAAAGUUCAGCUUGGAUCAGUUUGGUGCAGCGAUCUAGGCUGCAGAGUGAUGGAAAUGUGUCCUUGGUUUGGAUCCAUGAGAAGCUUCACCUGCAGGUGUACCGGACUGUGUUGCCAGGCUCCGAGGUGCUGCUGUGCCCACAGCCUCCCUCCAGGAGCCUAAACGUCAUGCACCCCGGCCUAGGGGAGGAAGCAGCUGCAGUGGGGGCGGCAGAAGAGGAGUCUGCUGCACAGGAGGAAGUGGCCUCCCCCCGAGAGGAUGCAGCAGAGUCGUGCACAGAUCCUGGUCAUGAGUCACCCCAUCGUCUCCAAGGAGAAAAUGCUAUGGUAGGUUCUGGACUGUGGCCCAAGCCGGAAGAUCAACCUUUCAAGGAUAGCCAACCCCUUGGCUUGUUGCUUCAAGAUGAUGUCAUGGAUAAGGAGUGUCUGCCACAGACACCACCUGAACUUCAGGACGACUCAGCUACCCAGAAGAGCCCAGAGAGCCAUGAAGCCAGUUUAUUAACUCCCACAGGGCCCCAGGUGCAAACCUGCCCAGCCCAGAAGUUACAUGUCUCCAGCAGUGAGUGCCUGCCUACAGUAAAGGUCUCAGAGCCCAGAACCCAGCUCCCUAACUUCCCUGUAGGGCUGUGCAGCCCUCCUGACCCGGUUGGAAGCUCCUCAAAGCAGGGGCGGCGAUACCAGUGUGGGGAGUGUGGCAAGGCGUUCCUGCAGCUCUGCCACCUCAAGAAGCACGCGUUUGUGCACACAGACCACAAGCCCUUCCUCUGCACUGAGUGUGGCAAGAGUUACAGCUCCGAGGAGAGCUUCAAAGCCCACAUGCUGGGCCACCGAGGGGUGAGGCCCUUCCCGUGCUCACAGUGUGACAAGGCGUAUGGUACCCGCAGAGACCUCAGAGAGCAUCAGGUGGUCCAUUCAGGUGCCCGGCCCUUUGUGUGUGAGCAGUGUGGCAAAGCCUUUGCCCGCCGACCUUCCCUGCGGCUACACCGGAAGACCCACCAGAUGCCAGAUGCCCCUUCCCCGUGCCCAUGCCCAGUGUGCGGGCGGCUCCUGGCCACCCAGGGUUCACUGCGGAACCACAUGAGGCUCCACACUGGGGAAAAGCCCUUCCUGUGCCCGCACUGUGGCCGAGCAUUCCGCCAGCGGGGCAACCUGCGCGGGCACUUGAGGCUGCACACGGGAGAGCGCCCGUAUCGAUGUCCACACUGUGCCAAUACCUUCCCCCAGCUUCCCGAGCUCCGGCGCCAUCUCAUCUCCCACACUGGUGAGGCCUACCUGUGCCCGGUGUGUGGGAAGGCCCUCCGGGACCCACAUACCCUCCGUGCUCAUGAGCGUCUACACUCGGGGGAAAGGCCCUUUCGGUGCCCACAAUGUGGCCGAGCUUACACACUGGCCACCAAGCUGCGCCGUCACCUCAAGUCCCACAUGACAGACAAGCCCCACCGAUGCCCUGUCUGUGGCAUGGGCUAUGCCCUCCCUCAAAGCCUCAAGCGGCACCAGCUCAGUCACCAGCAUGGGGUUUCCUCCAGCCCUCCUCUGCCUCCCGCUGCCUCGGAGCCCACCAUGGUGCUCCUGCAAAGUGAGCCAGAGCCACCGGACACAUGCAGCCAACAGGAAGUGCCCCUGAGUGGGGGUAUUGUGGAGGUCACCAUCUCUGAGAACCAGGAAAAGUGCUUUGUGGUGCCCGAGGAGCCAGCCCCUAGCCCCAGCCUGGUGCUGAUCCACAAGGACGUGGGCUUCAGUGGCUGGGCCGAGGUGGUAGAGGUAGAAGCCGGCACCUGACACCUUCACCGUGUCCACCCCGGGCCCUACAAGAGCUCUAUAUAAAGACUGUUCUAGCAGAUUGUGUCUGUAUGCCGUUCUCUGGGUCUCCUGAUAGGUGCAGGAACCAAGGUGACUGGCUCUUAGGGUGGGAAAAGUUCAGUUAAAAUCCACACGUCACGUGUCCUCGGUAGUUCAGGUUUUAGUUAUUUUGGCUGCUUUUCACGGCCUCCAAGGCAGUGAUUCUCAACCUGUGGGUAGUGACCCCCUUGGGUCAAACAACCCCUUUCACAAGGGUUACCUAAGACUAUUAGAAAACAUACUGACAUUACGAUUCAUAACUAGCAAAUUUACAGCUGUGAAGUAGCAAUAAAAAAUGAUUGUACGGUUGGGGGUCACCACGACAUAUUAGAGGGUCAAAGCGUUAGGAAGGUAGAGAACCACUGGUCUUUAAAGGUUGGGAAAGCUGGGGGACAACAAACAAUGUGGGUAGUGUUGGGUGGGUUGUGCACAGGCUUGGCCCGCAGGGGAGGCGUGAGGAGUUAGGUGGUUUGCAUCUGCUGGGAGCCUUGACAACGUGAGGUGUUGGGGGCGGAACAAACAGGGUAGCUGGGCGUGGUGCGCACCUUGAGUCCCAGCACUCAGCGAGGCAGAAGGAUUGCAAGGAGCCAUUGUGGACUACAUAAAGGGACCCGUCCCGGGGAGGGAGGGGAGGGAGGGAGAGAGCUCAUGGCUCACUGAGCUCUGGUGUGGGAAAUUACUGGGUAGGCUGGGUCUACUCGCUCUCACCUGGAAUCCCUGCCUUGGAAGCACAGGCUUGACCACCUGGCCUCACUUUAGGUUCAGAAGGGGCACAUUAAUUCUUAGUAUGAUAGUGUAAUGUGGUCUGGGUCCCCAAGGGCUUCCCUAGGGAUAACAAGGGAUAUCAAGUACCUUGAUGGUGGGCCAGGCUUUGUGUGAACUUAACCAUAUUGUAAGUCCUAUCUUUUUUUUUUUUUCUUAACAAAUAAAAAAGACAGGAGUAGCCA